AACCCAUUGCGGAGGCUGGCAGAUAGGUGCCUCUGAGCUGCCAAGAUGUCACACCCCUUGAUGAGGAUGGGGAGUUGCUCAGCCAAUAGAGCCGCCGCCGUCUCGGCUGCGAGGCCUUGCUUUUUAACUCCUUGGCGACAACUCCUUGGUUGAUGGGCUUCCGGCCGGAGGCCAUUAGAUGGGACACCGGAAGGCGGAAGUGCUAGGGCGGAAGUGGCCGAGCGGAGAGAAGAAUGGCGGCUGAAGGCUGGUUUUGGCGCUUGGGCUGGGGCCGGCGGUGCCCGGGGAGGCCUGGGCUUCCCGGCCCCGGCCCUGGCCCCACUGCAUCUGUACUUCUCGUUCUUCUUCUGUUGUUGGGGCUAGUAACUUCAGAUAUAACUGAUGGCAACAGUGAACACCUCAAACGGGAGCAUUCGCUCAUCAAACCCUACCAAGGAGUCGGUUCCAGCUCCAUGCCCCUCUGGGACUUUCAGGGCAGCACUAUGCUCACGAGCCAGUACGUGCGCCUGACCCCUGACGAACGCAGCAAAGAGGGUUCUAUCUGGAAUCACCAGCCCUGCUUCCUCAAGGACUGGGAGAUGCAUGUCCACUUCAAAGUCCAUGGUGCAGGGAAGAAGAAUCUUCAUGGGGAUGGCAUUGCCUUGUGGUAUACCCGGGAUCGUCUCAUACCAGGGCCUGUGUUUGGAAGCAAAGACAACUUCCACGGCUUAGCGGUCUUCCUGGACACGUAUCCCAAUGACGAGACCACCGAGCGCGUGUUCCCGUACAUCUCGGUGAUGGUGAACAAUGGCUCCCUGUCGUACGACCACAGCAAGGAUGGGCGCUGGACAGAGCUGGCUGGCUGCACAGCUGACUUCCGCAACCGGGAUCACGACACCUUCCUGGCUGUGCGCUACUCCCGGGGCCGCCUGACGGUGAUGACCGACCUGGAGGACAAGAAUGAGUGGAAGAACUGCAUUGACAUCACUGGAGUGCGCCUGCCCACCGGCUACUACUUCGGAGCCUCGGCUGGCACCGGUGACCUGUCUGACAAUCAUGACAUCAUCUCCCUGAAGCUGUUCCAGCUGAUGGUGGAGCAUACCCCUGACGAGGAGAACAUUGACUGGACCAAGAUCGAGCCCAGUGUCAAUUUCCUCAAGUCUCCCAAAGAUAACGUGGACGACCCCACAGGGAACUUCCGCGGCGGGCCCCUGACGGGGUGGAGGGUGUUCCUGCUGCUGCUGUGUGCGCUCCUGGGCAUCACCGUCUGCGCUGUGGUGGGGGCUGUAGUGUUUCAGAAGCGGCAGGAGCGGAACAAGCGUUUCUACUGAGCAAGCAUGUAGGGCACUCGGCCAGGGACGGGCCUGGCCUUGGGCCUCAGGCACUAAUGUGAACUUUUUUUACUUGGAUUGUAAAAGAAAAACAAGACAACCUUAUUUCUUAACUGUUUCAAAGAAAUAAUUAAAGUAUUUUCUUACAUUUUGCUUCUUGCCCAGCCAGGAUAGGUGGCAGGGCUGGGGAGUAAGAAUUUGACAUCCCCACAGCUGGCAGCAGGGGGCUCCCUUCCCGUUGCUGGCAUCUCAGGACAGAGAGGGCUGGGGUCUGUGCCGGAGCUGGGUGAGACCCCACGGGAGCUGUCGGGCCCUGCAGGCCCCGCAGGACUUUCACGGGGCAUCCUCAGGACAUCAGCCCCCAUUCUGUUUGUGGUGUGGUGUGUGCGGUGGCAGCGGAGGCCCGAGUUGGGGAAGCUGGGCUUUUCUUUUCACCCUCUGAGCUUCUUUUCAAGGCAGGCCAUGGAGUGGGGGGUGGAGGAGCAGUCAGUGGGGCUGAGUAUGACCAUUUGAUAAAUAAAGUGAAUUAACCAAC